UGUGUGGGUAUGCUAACUUAACGUUAAGUUAGCGUACCCACAUUUAGUGUUGAAUAUUUUGAUGUUGUGCAUUAGUAGAAAAUUUUUAAAUUUCGGUAUAAAUUAGUCUUUAAUUGGAACAAAAUUCUGGGAUACAGUUUUUCAAUUUUGUGUUAAGUGGGUAUGCUUACUAUACGGUCAUCACGUAAAUCGUGACAGGGAAUUAAGAAACAGAGAGAGAUUCUUACGGAAGAAAAUAAAAUACUUUACAGUAAAUAUUUUUGAACUGAAUGAAAUGCCGGAAAGUAAUGAGAAACAAACGAAUAGUUUUCCGGGGCGUGAACGCUUUAAGGCAGCGAUGAAACAAAUUGAUCACAAAUUAGAUUGUAAUAAAGUAAAAAAUGGCUAGGACUGCUAGUGACGUGUAUAUAUGAAGCUCUAGGGAAACAAGCAAUUAAAGGUGUUAACUAGAUUGAACUGUUGCAGAAAGGAACCAGGAUGAAGUAAAGUGUCUCCAUACAGUGCAGUUAGAAUUACAUCUGACCUUAGCGUAAUCUUGGCAAAAGAAGAACUUAGUACAUACAAAAAGUGAGGUUAGAUUACUUCCCCCGCCACGGACCCUUUAUCUAGCCCGAACGUCGAACUGAGGGCGAAGAAACAUCUAGUAGUGGUUGAUACAACUUUAUCGAAGGAUCCUUAUGUGGAAUGUAUGUGACUGUUAUUUAGGGCCUGUUUCACCGUCCCUGAUAAAGUUCCGGAUACUCAUCCGACAGUUACUUUCUCCGUCAGAUAAAAGUUUCUGAUACUUAUUUUGCGUUUCAUCUAGGUCUUUCCUGUUAAAUAUCUGACAUAUCUGUCUGAUAAAUAAUCUUCCAGAUAACUAUUUCACUAGCGGCAACGCCGCAUUUUCGACUCAAACGCGCGAAAUACGAGCGAAUUCAAAUGUUAUGCUGCUCCAAGUGUGUGUGAGGCUGGUGAGGUGUUUUUUGCUUCUUUCGUUGUGAUUUUGUGUUAUUACAGUAUACUCCUCCGUGAACUGUGUGUUAGUGUGUUUUAUUGCACUAUACUUUGUUUUUGUGAGUAAUUCAAAAUGGAAAGGGGAGAAGGAAAGGAGAGAGAAAGAUGUGUUAAUUUUUCUCGCGAAGAAACCGAGAGACUUGUAUCCCUCGUUGCGGAGUGGAAAAACAUCAUUGAAUGCAAAAUAAAUGGUGCUACCACGUGGCAGGAUAAGGAAGUGGCUUGGUCUGCUAUUGAAAGGGGCUUUCAAUAGCUCGAAAGGAGGUAUUUUUCGCGAAGCGAAAAUUCUUAAAGGCGAAUAUGAUUCUCUGAAGAGGGAUUUACGCAAAAAAGUUGCUGCUCUUCGGGCACAAAUGUAUAAAACUAGCGGUGGUACAGUAAAUAUGCCGCCUUAAACUCCAUUAGAAGAAAAAAUAAAUUCAAUGAUUUUAUUGUCUGUGGAAGGCAGCGAAAGCAUUUAUGAUUCGGAUAAAACUACAGAAAUUACUCCAAGUGUGUUGAUUUUGGAUGAAGAGGCAUCCAUUUCCUUCCCUCUAGAAGGUGAACAUGAGAACGAGAAUGCAAGUGCUCCAAAUGAAGAAUCUCCUCCUAAAGUUUAUACAUCUUAUGUAAUUGCUGAGUGGCAUAAUCCUUCACAGAAUGAAAUGGGUAGUAAGAGAAUGAGUGGCAAGAGCUCUCAAAAUGAAGUAAAUGGGCCAUUUGAGAUGCUGGUGGAAACUAAACUGGAAGUGGCAAAUACACAAAAGAAACUAGCUGAAGAUGAGAUACAGCACAAAAAGGAAAUGCAUGAAUUGGAGAAGAAGAAUAAAAUGGAAAUGCAUGAAUUAGAGAAGAAAAUGGAAAUGCAUAAAUUAGAAAAAGAAGAGUUGCGGAAGGUUCAAGAAAAAAAUAAGUGA